UGAUGGCUGUCUUUCCUUUCUCCUUCUAGGUUACAAUCAUCCCCUCUGCCCUGGAGCCUGGAAGCACAUGCCGGCCGAAAGAAUACUAUGACAAGAGAGCCCAUCGGUGCUGCAGCAUGUGUCCUCCUGGCUACCAUGUACUGUCGUUCUGCACCCAGACCUCAGAUACGGUGUGCUCCCCCUGCGAGGACAGCACGUACACCCAGCUCUGGAACUGGGUCCCUGAGUGCUUGAGCUGUGGCUCCCGCUGCAGCUCCGACCGGAUGGAAACUCAAGCCUGCACCCGGAAGCAGAACCGCAUUUGCACGUGCAGGCCAGGCUGGUACUGCACGCUGAAGUGGCAGGAGGGGUGCCGCCAGUGCAUACCGCUGAGCAGGUGCUCCCCCGGCUCCGGCGUGGCCACACCAGCUACUCCAAUGUCAGACGUGGUGUGUGCUCCCUGUGCCCCGGGGACAUUCUCUGACACGACGUCAUCCACGGAUACUUGCAGGCCCCACCGGAGCUGCAGCUCUGUGGCCAUCCCUGGCAACGCAAGUAUGGAUGCGGUCUGCGCAUCUGUGCUCCCCACCCCGAGAGUGGCCCCAGGCUCACCCCUCAUGACCCAGCCAGUGUCCACGAGAUCCCAACGCGUGGAGUCAACUCCGGGGCCCAGCACAGCUCCAAGCACCGCUGUCCAGCCCCCGAUGUUCCCAAGCCUCCCGGCUGAAGGACUCAGCACAGGGAACAUCUCUCUUCCAAUUGGCCUGAUUGUGGGUGUGACAGCCUUGGGACUACUAAUCAUAGGGAUGGUGAACUGUGUCAUCAUGACCCAGAAGAAAAAGAAGCCCUUCUGCCUGCAAGGAGAAGCCAAGGUGCCUCACCUGCCAGCUGAUAAGGCCCGGGGUACUCCGGGUCCCGAGCAGCAGCACCUACUGACCACGGCACCAAGCUCCAGCAACAGCUCCUUGGAGAGCUCGGCCAGCACCGCGGACAAGGGAGUGCCCACAGGGAACCAGCCGCAGGCACCGCACACGGAGCAGGCCGGUGGGUCCGGGGAGGCCCGAGCCAGCUCCAGGAGCGCAGAAUCUUCCCCUGGCGGCCAUGGGACUCAGGUCAACGUCACCUGCAUCGUGAAUGUUUGCAGCAGCUCUGACCACGGCUCUCAGUGCCCCUCCCAGGCCAGCCCCUCAGGCUUCCCAGAGGACGAGCAGGUCCCCUUCUCCAAGGAGGAGUGCCCUUUUCGGUCCCAGCCAGGGGCCUCAGAGACUCUGCUGCAGACCCCGGAGGAGAAGCCCCUGCCCCUUGGCGUGCCUGAUGUCGGAAUGAAGCCCAGUUAACCAGGCCAGUGUGCGCACCUCACAGCCGAGGUGGGCUGACCCUGGGCCUUCUUGGCCCCACCCCCCAGCACUGACUCUUUCUGGGCCAAAUUCCUUUAGU